UCUGUAAAAGUGACAGUCAUACCAAGGCAAGGAAAAUUUAGCCUUGUUAGUUGUUACUCUUGUGCUUGUGUUCGUGAAGUUUAUACUAGCAAAUUGUCACUGACCACUAAGUAUUUUCUUUGCUUGUGUUAGAUUUGAUUGCAAAGGUUUUUCUUUUCAUCUUCGCAAUGACGGUUGAAGUGAUGGACGUUUCGACCACUGAAACAAAAGAAAAAGACACAGAAGAGGAAGUGGAGAAAAAAGACGAAGUUACCGUAAUUACAGAGGAUAUCAAGGAGCAAAUAAAGCUGGUUGAGCGAAGUGUGGCGAGCAAGGAACCAAGAUUCAUCUUGCGUGUCUUGAGAGCCUUGCCUGCCACUCGUCGUAAACUAACCAACCCUUUGGUACUAAGGAAACUCAUCACUCACUACUAUGCUAGGCCAGAGAAUCGCAAUGAGAGGGAGUUGCUGAUAAGCUUCCUUGAUGAGCCCAUGGAUGCAGAGAGCUCGGAUGGAGUGCCUGCUGAGAAGCCUGCUGCAGGGGAGAAAGGGCGUGGCACAGCUCGGUCUCAGCCAGCACUGCUACUGGAGACAGACGUGUACCUCCACCUGCUGGUGCUGCUCACGCUCCUUGAUGCAAAGAAGUAUCCUGAGGCACUUAAAUGUUCUGAGCUGCUGAUGGUGAAAGUGUGUGCCAAGCCACGGAGGUCACUGGACCUGCUGGCCGCCCGCUGUGUUUACUAUCACUCCCGCACGCAUGAGCUCGCUGGCUCCCUGCACUCCAUUCGUGGGCUGCUGCACCAGCGGUUGUCUGCUGCCAUCUUGCGCAAAGACUUCGAGGGACAAGCGGUGCUCAUCAACUGCCUCGUGAGGAACUACCUGCACUACAACCACUACGACCAGGCACACAAACUCAUCGCCAAGAUCGAGUUCCCUCAGCAGGCAAACAACAACGAGGUGGCACGCUUCCACUACUACACUGGUCGCAUUGCUGCUGUUCGCUUGGAGUAUUCCAACGCGCACACGCAGCUGCAAUUAGCGCUGCGUAAAGCCCCCACGCAGCAUGCAGCUCUAGGCUUCACGCAGGCUGUCCAAAAACUGAGCGUUGUUGUGCAGCUGCUGCUUGGAGAAAUUCCUGACAGACAGGUGUUCCGAGGAGCUGGUCUUCGCAUGGCCCUGGCUCCGUACCUGCAGCUGACCCAAGCUGUUCGUCUCGGCAACCUGCAGCGCUUUCAGAAGGUCCUUGACACUCAUCGUGCAAAGUUCCAGGACGACCACACGCUCAUGCUGAUCGUCCGCCUGCGCCACAACGUGAUCAAGACUGGCCUACGCACGGUGUCCCUCAGCUACUCCAAGAUCCCUCUGGAGGACGUGGCGGCAAAACUCGCCCUCGACUCCAGGGAGGACGCCGAGUUCAUCGUCGCCAAGGCGAUCCGGGACGGCGUUAUUGAGGCGGUGAUCGACCACGAGGCUGGGUACAUGCAGAGCAAGGAGACGGUGGACGUGUACUGCACACGGGAGCCGCAGGGCGUGUAUCACCAGCGUAUCGCCUUCUGCCUCGACAUCCACAACCAGAGCGUCAAAGCCAUGCGGUAUCCUCCUAAGUCCUACAACAAGGAUCUCGAGAGCGCAGAAGAGCGUCGUGAGAGGGAGCAGCAGGACCUGGAGCUCGCCAAGGAGAUGGCUGAAGAGGAAGACGACGGCUACCCUUGAGCGUGCACACGGCGGCAACAUUCGUCCUUUCUUAUCUCUUACAUUCUUCCCCGAUACGGCAAUUACGUCAAUGCAUAGUAAAAUUUACCUCUUUCA